UGUUGUGGUUAAUACGCCUGGCUUGCUAGCUACUGAAAGUAGCGAAACAGAGCAUCACUCUGACUCAGACCGGUGUCAAAAACAUACGGCAUAUUUUUGGAAUGCAUUCCAGUAAGAAUAAGUAAUUGAUAUUUCAUAAAAGGAAGCGACCGUAGUAGAGUGGCGGGGAUGUUGCUUCGCAAUGGGAAACGUUUUCACCAGAAAGGGACGCCCGAGUCGAGUCACCGAGCAAGACAGGGCCAUUUUGCAACUGAAACAGCAGCGAGAUAAGCUGAGGCAGUACCAGAAAAAAGUCACGUUGCAGCUAGAGAAAGAGAGGCUUCUGGCCAAACAGCUCCUAAAGGAUGGGAAGAAGGAAAGAGCUCUUCUACUGCUCAAAAAGAAGCGCUACCAGGAUCAGCUCCUGGAGAAGACUGAGACCCAGAUAAGCAACAUAGAGCGCAUGGUUCAAGACCUUGAAUUUGCUCAGAUUGAAAUAACGGUCCUGGAAGGUCUCAAGGUUGGCAAUGACUGCUUGAAGAAAAUGCACGAGGUCCUCUCCAUUGAGGAAGUGGAAAGAAUAAUGGAAGAGACACAUGAGGCCAUAGAAUAUCAGAAGCAAAUUGAUGAGAUCCUUGUAGGCUCCCUGACCCAGGAGGAUGAGGAGGCUGUGCUCGCAGAGCUGGAAGCCAUCACUCAGGAUGAAGAUGUUUCACUUCCGGAGGUGCCCACUGAGCCCCUGCCCGCAGUGCCCAGCGCAGAGAAGGAGAAAAAACCUGCAGAAAUCAAGCAGGAUGGAGAGAUGCUGGCAGCAUAGUGACACCCUGUUGUCUUGUGAUAUGGUUUGAUUACAACCUCACACGUCACUUCUCUUUGAACUAAGGAGACAGCAUUAAUAGAACAUGAGUACUCUGUCCUUUUCUGUCAGUUAUUUCCAUGAACCUUCAUGUACCUUUGACUCAGUGUGUGCAUCUAGUUUACUUUGAUGAAACAACUAAGGUUGGGCUGUAAUUGAUUCAGUGGUUUCUGAACAUUACUAAGUGCUGACUUUGAAAACGUCAUUGUCAGAUUUGAAUCAGUGUUUAUUUGACUCCCAUUUGGCAGCAGCUUAAGUUGAUUUUAGUAGGGAAUAAUUUGAUCAUCACCCACACCUAUUGUGAAAGGUUUUUGGUGAUCAAUGGGAAGCAUAAAAUCACUACAUGAUAUUAAACACCUUUUGUUUGGAGUUGUGACCUUUGAAACUUUUGGUUGAUGGUAUUAAAGUGUAUUAUUAUUAAUUUUUUAGCAUAAUAUUUAUUUUAAAGCAAAUGUCACCCGGCUAUCUGGGAAACUGACCUUUUUGUCUUUAAGAUGCAUAUCAGUAUUCAUGACAGAUGUAGUUGGCCUUUUCUGUUCAGUAUUGUGCUGUAAUAGCAUGACCACCAGGGGGAUCUUUGUCAACAUUAGUGCAGUGGAUGACUGAGUAGUUAGUCCUUGGUUUUGACUGACGCCUCUGAUGAAAUCUCAGCUUGCAGAUGGAGUGUAAAUAUUCCUGAAAUCCCACUGAAAUGUCUUAAUCCAGGGGACAACUACAAUGUUUCACAUCCUACACCAUUCUCAGUAUGUACUGUACAGAUGAUUUAUUUAUAAAUGACCCCAUUCUGAUUAUCACUUGUGACAGGUUCUGGUAAAAGGCUUUGCCAUACUGUAUAGACACUUUGCUAUGUCUUGUAAUGCUCAGCUGUGAAAAUAGGGAAAUAAAGCAUCAGAUUUUGU